AUGGAGGACAGGCCGCGCAGCAGCUCGGAAGCCCAGGCGCAUGCCACAAGCAUCGAUCACACGCUCAAGGAGCUCCAGCGAAAAGUCCGCGAAUAUGAGGCUCAGCUAGACGAGUUGCGCUCUGCAGAGCACCAGACGCCCAGCACCGCCGCUGGCCAGGCCCGGGUCCUCAAGCUGGCCUUUGACGAGGUCACCGGCUCCGAGCCCUUCCUGCCGUUCCCGGGAUCGGUUCUGCCGGCGCUGCUGGCGCUGCGCAAGACGCACCGAACGAUCGAGGAGUCCAAGGCGUUCUUGGCUUCGCAGACGGAGGCAACCGAGCGGGAACAGAGGCGGCUGAAGGACGAUGAAGCUGCGCUCAAGGACCACCGGCUCCUCAACGAAGCCCUCAAGCGGAGAAUUGAGACUCUGCAUGCCGAGGUCGAUUCGGGGGCGACCACGAGACCAGAGGACGAGGCGCGCAAGCGCAUCGAAGAGCUGCGGCAGAAGAGGCAGUACUACAACAAGGAGACGAGCAAGCUGAUGAAGGCGCUGAACCGCUUCAUAGACGACCACCUGGCGGUGAUGCUCGCGGCGGAAGCCCUGGGCGGGCCCGUGGUAGGAGAGAUGAUGGACAUUGAUGCCCAGGAUCUCGCCGCCGGGUUCAACGCGCAGGGCAAGCUGAAGAAGCCAAAGGGCGAGAUCAACAAGGACAAGAACCAGCGCCGGAUCGACGAGAUUUGGGGUCCCAGCGACGGCGACGGCGAUGGUGACGGAAGGAAAACAAAGCAGCAGCAGCAGCGGGACGCGGCUUCGGCUGCCGGCGCGGAGAUGCGGCAGCUGACGGAGGAGCUGCUCAACCGGCUGGUCGAGGCCAAGGGCAGCAGCUCGGACGCGUACGUGAAGCUGCCGCACGAGACGGCGGCGGCGCGGUUUUUGAUUCGGUCGCACGUUGCGCAGUUUCACCCGCGGGAUGCGACCAAGAUCCGGCUGGUUGAUUUUGGGCGGGAGCUCGACGAUUAG